CGUAAGUUCUCUUGUUUUAGGCAUGAGUACUUAAUGCUUACGUGUCUCUCUUUACUUCCUCCACAACACCUCUACCUGCUAAACAACAGACUGUAAGUUCUCUUGUUUUAGGCAUGAGUACUUAAUGCUUACGUGUCUCUCUUUACUUCCUCCAUGACACCAUCUACCUGCACAACAACAGACUGUAAGUUCUCUUGUUUUAGACAUGAGUACUUAAUGCUUAUGUGUCUCUCUUUACUUCCUCCACGACACCUCUACCUGCACAACAACAGCCUGUAAGUUCUCUUGUUUUAGGCAUGAGUACUUAAUGCUUACGUGUCUCUCUUUACUUCCUCCAUGACACCACUACGUACCUGCACAACAACAGACUGUAAGUUCUCUUGUUUUAGGCAUGAGUACUUAAUGCUUAUGUGUCUUUCUUUACUUCCCUCUACCUGCACAACAACAGCCUGUAAGUUCCCUUUUAUUAUGCAUCUCUAUGUUAACAUAAUAUGUCUUUCUUCACAUUCCUUUUUCGUUACUACCUGCACAAUUAAAAGCAUGCAUGUUGUUAUUAUUAAUGCACACAAUGUUUACGCAUGUGCAUAAAGUACCGUAUUGAUGGCCAGACCUAGCUAACGUAUUUUAUUUUAGUUCAGGGUAUGUUUUGUGUUGACACAAUGUAAAUUGUAGGCAGACUAGUGUUGCUGAGUUUCCUCUCGACGUUUCAAUCAUAGCAUUUGUUUACCUUUGCAUGCAACAGUGACUGUGGCCAAGGCUGGUUAUGUUAUAACAUUACCAUGGCAUUAGGCAUGAGGAUGACACGAAUGCACAAGAAAAUAGUUACUAUUUUUCAGUUUUAGUUUGUAUAUUUAAUUUGCAGAGACUGCAAGGUAAAAAAGAAGUAACUUCUGUACAUCGUUUGUAAGUGUAUUAUACUGUAUGUGAAAUAAUCAAAGCACCGCAUUUUCCCUAUGAUAUUAUCUAACUACAUUUCAAAUUUCAAUCCCUAUAAUAAAUGUGAUGCUUAUUUUUAUUCUGUAUUAUUGAACCACAAUAUGUGAUACAUUUGCAGAAAUGUUUCUCGUAUUGUUUUGCAAAGUGAACAAGCUGUGCCUGCAUUUUGCCGGUUUAUAUUAUAAUUAUUUUGGGCUUUAAUAAGUCUGGUUCACAAUAAUUAUGAUGCUAGACUUUCAUUUAGUUUGCUACAGUUUUAUUGUAAUUUUGUGAACAGCGCAGCUCGUUGACAAAAGAAAUGGAAGUCUAGCGUCGUAUUGUGAAUUGUGAACCUGUUAAAAUCAAUGGAAAAAUGCUGGCUCUUUGUAUUGCUAGAUGACUAUGCUGAGGCUCUUAGUAAAGGCGCUGUUCCUGGUGCUUAUGUGCGGUUAAUGUUCCUGGGGGCAGGGGGUUCGGGGAAGAGCAGCUUACUCGAUGGCCUUAUGAAUGUUCCAUUAAGAAUGGCAGAAACCACAGUUGUAGCUGACACGCGCACUGUGUCAUUUCAGUGGAUCAAAGCAGCAGAUAGCUGUGAGGAGGCUUGGAAAGAGCAUACUAGUUCUGAUGUGGCUACAAGGUUAGCAGCUCAUUCUCGUUGUCUUUCUCUGAGCUCUGAAAGAGCAGGGUCCUAUAUCACAAACUGGGAUUCGGCUCCUGCGGUUGUUAGCUUUGGUUUGGCUGCUAGUGCAGUUGCUUUUAUAAAGCAUCAAGUUAGAGGAAAACAAGUUAGUCGUGAGCAUAGGGAGAAGGUAUCAGCAAUAGCCAGCACUGCCUAUAAUGAAAUUAUCAAAGAAGCAAAGAAACAUAGUGAACAACACCAGGGGAAACAUAAUCCAGAUGUUGUAAUGCACAUAUGGGACUGUGGGGGGCAGCCCGUGUUUCUUGAUAUUCUUGCUGCAUUUCUUACCCCUCGCACAAUGUUUCUUCUUCUUUUUGAUGCUUCCUCUAAUCUUGAGGAAAUGUACCAAGAAAAAUGGCACCACAAUGGUAAACCUAUUAUGGGAAGGGAGCAAAAUAUCACACACUUGCAGCUAUUAAUACAAUGGUUGCAACUAAUCCAUUGUUCCCUUAUUGAAAAGAAUGAGCACUUGCUACUUCAGGCCAGUCCAAGCUCUAAUAUUAUUCCAAAGUGUCCUCGAGCCAUGCUUGUUGGUUCACGGAAAGAUCAAAUAACACCAGAGGAAGUAGAGGGUGUAAAGUCUCAACUUCAGUCUGCCUGUGAUUAUGCUUCAUUUAGUGAAAUUAUAGUUGACAAGCUCCUUGUUGACAACACUAAGGCUGGGAAGGGUAAGGAAGAAGAUCCUGGGUACCAAAAAAUUCGUGAAAAUAUCACUGAAUUUGCAAAAUCGCUUGUGGUAGACACUCCACUGGCUUGGAUUACUUUCAGGCAGGUUUUGCAAAGGGUUGCUGAGGAUAAGCCAAUUCUUUUAUACAGUGAAGUUGUUUUCAUUGCCGAGCAAUGCCAAAUUCCUACGGAGGUUGUACCAAGUGUGCUUCAAUUUUACCACCAGUUAGGUGCACUUUUACACUAUGCGAAUGUACCAUCUCUUGCCACUACAAUAAUAGUUGAGCCACAAUGGCUUAUUAACCAGUUGCGACUUCUACUUAUGCCAGAUUGGUUUGGUCACCGACCUCAGCAUCUGAAACGGUUUUGGAAGUGGUUUGAAGAAAGAGGUGUUGUUGUUGAAGGGUUAUAUCAGGAAAUAUGGAAAGAUUGUGAGCUAGAGGGGGGCCCACAAGCUCUUGUUGAUGUUCUUCUUCAUUUUGAUCUUGCUACUGAAAUAAAUGAAUGUCCAUAUGACAUGCUGUCUAGCAGGGGAAGAAAGUAUUUCAUGCCUUGCGUGUUGAAAGUAAAGCCUAAAUCAGAAUCAACAGAAAAUUCAGAGCCACCACAAUUCAAGCCUGUACGCGAAGCAGCUACUCUAUAUAUGUGUUUUAGUACAGGUUAUGUCCCGCCUGGUUUUUUUGUCCGAUUAGUUGCACACAUGUCUAACCAGGAAGGUUACACACCACUUUUAGAUAGAGAGGUGUAUCGAAAUAGUAUUUUGUUUAAGUGCAGAGAUAUUGACCGAAUAAUUGUGUCCGAAUCACUGGAAAGCAUAUCUGUGAGGUUUUUUCGAGUGGCAGAGCGAAAUAGACACAAUAUUAGAUUUGCUGAGUCGUGUAUUUUGCUACAGAGGGAGCUGGUUAGCAUGUGCAAGAAUGUACGUGACUGGAUGUCGUGUGUUACAUCUAACUUGGCAUUUCCAUGCACAUGUUCACAAAGUGCUCCCAGGCACUUCGUAGUAUUGGAGCCUGGUGUUUCUUGCGAGUCCAAUCUGUUUUGUGCUCUUCACCAGAAGUAUGAACUGUCUCCUCAGCAAAGGUUCUGGCUACCAAGUGAACUUCCAGUGCAUCCUUGCAUUGAGGACGGUUCUCUGACUGAAACUGAAAUGAAGCUUGUGGCCAAGAGAUUUAUCCAAUGUGGCCAAGGAGAUUAAUCCAAGGAGGAGGUUUAUCCAAUGUUGUUGAAGAAAUGGAGAUGCAAUAUACGCUCA